GGGAUAGACGGGGAAGUAACAGGUGCAACCGCAGCUUUGAUUUAGGUCUUUUAUUCAGUUUUAGAUAAGGGACAAAAAUUGAGGAGAUGUCAUCAACCUCCAGACAAGUUCGUCCAGGCAUACUGUGUAUUGUCCUCCUAUCAGGGCUCUGUUCCUGUCUCCGUCAGUACAUUUUCAUUAAUGAGCCGAAGCCCUGGAAUGCGGCCCAAAGCUACUGUAGGGACGAGUACACGGACCUGGCCACCGUAGACACCAUGAACGACCUGGAGCAGCUGAUUGCAGCUGUCGACAGCAGCUUCAGCGGAAAGGUGUGGAUAGGCCUGUACGACAUAUGGUGGAGCUGGAGGUAUCUGCCAGACGACAAGAAGUUUCGACCGGAAGACUACAGAAACUGGGCCCGUAUUCCAAAUAAUUAUAGGCGUGCGUGGGAGUUAUGUGGUGCCCUACGGAACGGCAAGUGGGAGGAUAAUUACUGCACUGCAAAUAACCCUUUCGUCUGUUACAACAAUACAAAUACUGACUUGCCCAACGAUUCUACUGAGAGAUAUAUCUUCAUAAAUGAGGAAAAGACGUGGCACAGAGCGCGUGAUUACUGCGCGCAGCACCACACACACCUGGCCACCGUGAGAUCAGAAACAGAGAGCAACGUGAUCCGUCAGGUGGUACCACAAGAUACCAUGACCUUCAUUGGCAUGUACAGAUUCACCUGGAAGUGGUGGUCGGAUGGCACCGAGCACAUCUUUAACCACUGGAAGCCGAACCAUCCAUUAGCCGCCACGGGGGACUGUGGCGUCACCAUGAUCGAUGCUAGUAGAUCUGGACAGCUGGUGGAAGACCACUGUGUAGCCACAAAUCCUUUCAUGUGCUACUUAAACAUCACGAAAGUGUAUCGCGUCAAGCUGACAGUACGGCAAUCCACGAUUGACCUGAAUGACCCCGCGGUGACGGAGGCCAUCCAGUCUCUGUUGACGCAGAAACUGAACGAGAAUGGAGUCGCGACGGGUCUCCGCUUCACAUGGAUGCAGCAGCCCGACCACAACAUUUUCUACAACGACGCUAAUAAACAUGUUUAACAUUCACUGCUAUGGAUCUGUUUAGUCCUUGCAAGGCUUUAGGGGAUAGGCCAGUCCUCUGAGGACCUGAGGGCCUGAGAUCUGGCUGGGGUUACUUUGACCCGGCCUUAGGGCCUCCAAGGAUUAAGUUUAGUGGAAGACUUGACUUACAAAGUUUAGCGGCAUAUUAACAGCAGAUAGGCGCAUAUACAUGUUUGUAUUUAAUCUUGUUUUCUUACACAUUUAUCCAAAGCUGACACAGGUAUAAUAUAUUUGGGUUUUUUUCCUGGGGAUUUUAAACCAAUAUAUUUAUGAAGGAUGUUUAAAUCAUAGUGUAGUAUAGUGUUGUAUGGAUUUGUUUAACCGUCCCAAGGCUCUGGUCCAAGAGAGGAAACUCCCUGCUCAUCAGCAAAGUUGGACUUUUCAGUGACGCUCCUGUCGUUUCUCGUACAUCUGCACUUGUGUGUGCGACAAACUGUCGCUUUUGUACAACUGUAU